GUCCGACCGGCGCAUAUGCCGGCUUACCAAUCCCGUAAACGUGAUCAAACCUCUCCCCUUCCAUGACUGGUGUCGGGGCAGGUUCCCGGCGACACGGACACUCAUGAAACAUGAUGACCAGACUGCUGGCGCUAUGCAAUUUGUACCCUUUACCAUUGAUAUUUUGCUAUCUAAGGUACUGCCUAGGUAUCAUGGGAAAAGCAAAAGUCCACCCAGAUGCCUGUGACACAGCCCUUCCCCUGUCAUCCAUUCAUGAAAUGAUAUUGCAACAGAACCAUCUAUCUCUCCCCUCCUUUUUUUGUUCCGAAAUCAGCCGCCUCCAAGAUACAGGGAACCUCUCAAGCCGCAACAUAGCUGUCCAGGGAGACCACCGUAAUGAGUCCUCAGGACCGGCAGUCAAGCCCGACUGACAGUGUCAGGCGAUUCGAAUUUCAAAGUCAAAGAACGAGACUGAAGCAUUACUGUAGUUGCCAGUGUUACAAAGGA